CGUAGCCGCCUCUCCCUCUCAUCUCACUCACAGCCGCCUCUCCCUCUCAUCUCACUCAGACUCAGUUUCAUCUCACAGCCGCCUCUCUUCUCUCCCACUCUCACUCGCUCUCAAUCUCACCGUCGGCCCAACUGUCCAAGCUCUCACCGCCGGACAUGUCCAGCGAUGAGUCAGACCGUGACUCGGGGUCGAUUCAGCAGCAAUUGGUGCUUCGGUCUUUACCCAUUAAGUCUCUGUCUUGUAAAAUUGUGGUAAAGAGGCCUGCUCUAUCUUUGGAGGGGUUCCUUCAUGAAUAUUUUCUAUCAGGUUCUCCAGUUAUUAUUAGUGACUGUAUGGCUCAUUGGCCAGCCAGGACAAAGUGGAAUGACUUGGAUUAUCUAAAAAGGGUUGCUGGAGACCGCACAGUUCCAGUUGAGGUUGGCAAAAACUAUUUAUGCUCACAGUGGAAGCAAGAGCUUAUCACAUUUUCACAGUUUCUUGCAAGGAUUGAGGCCAACAACUGUUCUGACAACCCUACAUAUCUUGCCCAACAUCCGUUGUUUGAUCAGAUAAGUGAGUUACGAAAGGACAUUUGUGUUCCUGACUAUUGUUUUGCUGGGGGUGGGGAGCUGAGGCCUCUUGAUGCCUGGUUUGGUCCAGCUGGGACAGUAACACCGUUGCACCAUGAUCCACAUCAUAAUAUACUUGCUCAGGGAUAUCUGUAUAUAAUUUCUUCAGUACUUCUGUAGACAAGAAAACUGAUACCAAGCAAGACCACAGCUUGUUACUCUUAUACUUCAUUGAUGAGAGAAAUAUGUUUCUCACAACUUUAAUCUUUACAGCAACAAAAAAUUCUCUCUGCUAAUAUAGUUACAGAUAUAUUCCUUAUGGUGUACCUUUAGUACUAUUACUCUCUUGUGCCCAACUGCGAUGUCUAGGUGUGAAAUGGCACAAUGUAUAAUGAAGAAGAAAGAAUGUCAUUUUACGUAACUGCCCAUGGGCACAACACUUUUAUUGAGUGUCUUGGUUGAUUCUCUGAAUGCACAAUGGUGACAAUCAUAUUGUGACUUCUCACAAAAGAAAGCAAAAGACAAUCAAAAUAGGAUAGAAGAAGUAUGAAGGAAGUGAGAUUGACGGGGAUCUUGUCUUCUUUUUGUUUUGACGAUUAAAAGAUGGGCAUUGCAGUGAAAUAGUGACAAUAGGGUGCAAAAGCACCUAUUUGGCAUACUAACAUCCACUGCCAUAUCUGUACUGCCUUUUCUUUGGAUUAUGCCAAUAUUGAUGUUCAUUCUUGUUUUUCUCUCAAGCUGUGGUUUUAUUUGGUGAAUUAAAUUCUUAGAUAUAUAUAAUACAUUGACAGUUGAAUGAGUUUAUUUUUCCUUGAUUG